CCGCGGGGGGAUACUGAGGCAGGGCUCUGGAGAGCCUCCACUCCUCCCCCCUCCACGCCCAACAUUUGCCAGCCGGGUUUUGUAUCUUUUUCUCUCGCUCGCCUCGCAACGAGGACCGUCCCUUCGUGCCAAAGCCGCGCGGGCCCUGGAGCGGCCAGCUGUUGCGGGGCUCGCAUCUGGAGAGGCGCCGGGGGCCCAGCCGCGAGGUUCCGGAGGGGCGUCGGGGCCCUGGACAAGGCGCCUGGCCAGCCUGCCGACGGAGAGCCCCUGCCGUCGGACCUUCCCCCGAGCGGAGGCAGCGCGGGAGGGAGGCGAGCAGAGGCGUCUUUUCCCCCCAGCCUCUGGGCUGGGGGGGAGGCGGAGAGGAGCAGGGGGUCUCUGCUGGGGGCCCGGACUUUCGGGGUGGGGGGCUUGCGCCGAAGAUGGGGAGCCGUCGAGCGGGCGAUGAGGGCUAGCGGCCUGUGACUGCUGCUGCCGCCGCCCGCCCCGUCCGGCCAUGGCCGCGGCCAUCGCCAGCUCGCUGAUCCGGCAGAAGCGGCAGGCCCGCGAGUCCAACAGCGACCGCGUGUCCGCCUCCAAGCGCCGCUCCAGCCCCAGCAAGGACGGCCGCUCCCUCUGCGAGAGGCACGUCUUGGGCGUCUUCAGCAAGGUCCGCUUCUGCAGCGGCAGGAAGAGGCACGUCCGGCGGAGACCAGAACCCCAGCUGAAAGGAAUCGUGACAAGGUUAUUCAGCCAGCAGGAAUUCUUCCUGCAGAUGCACCCAGAUGGGACGAUUGAUGGGACGAAGGACGAGAACAGUGACUACACUCUCUUCAAUCUAAUCCCUGUGGGGCUUCGUGUGGUGGCGAUUCAGGGGGUGAAGGCUGGCCUUUACGUGGCCAUGAACGCCGAGGGCUAUCUCUACAGCUCAGACAUCUUCACGCCAGAGUGCAAAUUUAAGGAGUCCGUUUUUGAAAACUACUACGUUAUAUAUUCCUCUACGCUGUACCGGCAGCAGGAAUCCGGGAGAGCCUGGUUCUUGGGGCUCAAUAAAGAAGGGCAGAUUAUGAAGGGGAACCGGGUGAAAAAGACCAAACCAUCAUCACAUUUUGUACCGAAACCCAUAGAAGUGUGCAUGUACAGAGAGCCAUCGCUGCAUGAAAUUGGAGAGAAGCAAGGCCGCUCCAGGAAAAGUUCAGGGACGCCCACCAUGAACGGAGGCAAAGUCGUCAACCAGGACUCGACAUAGCUGAGAGGACAGACACCCGCCCAUCCCUGCAUCCAAGGCCUUUCCCACCCACCCCCUCCCUCCCUCCC